GGGCGGGGCUAUAAAAUGCCUGAAACGUCGAGAGACAAACAACAGGGGCCCGACGGAGGAAGGCGGCCAAUGGGAAUCGAGUUCCGUGAGCAGGGGGCGGCGCGACUCGUAGUUGCGUGUUUCCUCCAAUCAGCGAGGGCGAGGGGGCACUUAGUGGGCGGAGCUAAUCCCAUCCCGGCCAAUCCCGGAAAGGAGGUGGGGCCAGAGGGUUGGGCUGCGGCCGGGGGCAGGCUUGGUUGCGUGGAGCCUGUCAGGCUGAAGGGAAGUAAACACUCUCCGAGGAAGGAAGGAAGGAAGAUGGCGACGGCCGCCCAGGUGCGCGAGAACAUCCGGAUGCUGCUGGAGGCGGCGGAGUUCCUGGAGCGGAGGGAGAGGGAAGCUGAGCAUGGCUAUGCAUCCAUGUUACCAUAUAGCGCCAAUGAUAGAGAUGCCUUCAAGAGAAGAAACAAGUCCAAGAAAAACAGCAGUAAUAGCAGAUCAACACACAACGAAAUGGAGAAGAACAGGCGUGCCCAUCUGCGGCUGUGCCUGGAGAAGCUGAAAGGACUGGUGCCCCUGGGACCGGAGUCCAGCCGGCACACCACGCUGAGUUUACUCACAAAAGCGAAAUUGCACAUAAAGAAACUUGAAGACUGCGACAGGAGGGCCAUCCACCAAAUAGACCAGUUGCAGCGAGAGCAGCGGCACCUGCGGAGGCAGCUGGAGAAGCUGGGCAUCGAGCGCAUCCGGACGGACAGCACAGGGUCCGCCGUGUCCUCUGAGCGGUCGGAUUCCGACAGAGAAGAAGACGUGGACGUAGACGUGGAGAGCACCGACGAUCUGGCCGGGGAGCUGGACUGGAGCAGCAGCAGCAGCAGCCCCAGCGACUCGGACGAGAGGGGCAGCCUCCAGAGCCUCUGCAGCGACGAAGGCUAUUCCAGCGCCGGCCUGCAGAGAAUAAAGCCCCCGGACACUCUCACGGCCUGCCUGGGCCUAUAAGGAGCCCCCCCCCCGCAUUGCCCCCUUCCUUCCUUCCUUCCUUCCUUCCUUCCUUCCUUCCUUCCUUCCUUCCUUCCAUCCGUCGCUGUUUCCUUGUCAGAUCUUUCUAGGUAGUAUGUUGGACCGCCCCACGAUUCUCUCUCUCACACGCAAACUCCUCGUUCACCCGAACCCGCUUUGGCCUGAGUCUGGAACUGGUGCAGAGGGUUGUGGGUCUCAAAGCUACUCUCUGGAGCCGCCGCGCCCCCCAGGGCAUCCACUAGCUCCCCUUUCCCGUCCGUCUGCCCACCCAUCCAUCUCGGUGAGACUGAACAUUCCAACCAAAUUUCUUAGUCCCAAGAAUCUUGUUGCAGCAAUAGCGAUAGGCCACCCCUUUGCCUUGGCUGCUGUGGCCUGUGCUUCUCGACUGGCCUUUGGAAAGCGUGUGGUGGCCCUAGCCAGACUGCCCGAUGCCUCAGGCGGGGUCUCUGUGGGAAGGCAGCGGGUGCUCCCCUGCGCUCCCUGUAAGCCGCCCUGAAGCCUCUUCAGGCGCCCCUCCUGCCCCCCCCCCUCCCCGUGAGCCCCACAGGUGGGCAGUGGGCAGAAGUGGGGCGGGAAUGGCACCCAGCUGGAGGGUCUUGUCGGAGGUGGCUUCUCCCUCCCCUCCCCUCCAUCGGAUGCCUUCCCUCAAACACACCUUGAUAUUUAAAAGACCAAAUAAUGCUCUUCCCGCUCAAUCCUCUCUCAACGUCUCUCUGCAUCGACCACUGCAUUUCCCUUUAGCUUGUUUCUGGCCGCUUUUCUAGGCGCUGCCGCAUCCUGCUUCUUGUCUCUGGGACAAAUCUUUCUACCUCAGAGAGAUGAACAAAGCUGUUCUCCACCCACUGAGCACAAAAGAAUUAUGCCUCCUUUGUAUCCUUGGUCCGAGUCUACAAUCUGUUUACUUUUUUAAAAAUCAGCAAUAACGGAGUGACGGAAGCCUAGCUGUGCUAGCUCUGAGUCAGUGGCAGAGAAGGCUGCAUUGAAAGCAGCAGCUCUGCCAAGGGGCCUUGUGCCCCCCCCCCCCCGGGCACUUCCUUCCCUGUUUAAAUGGCCUGAGAGCCCUGCUCAAGGAAGGGGCUCGCAGGUGGGAUUUGGGGUUCCCCGGCCCUUAAAGCAUUAUUUCUUUUCUGCCCCUUUCACAGUCCCGUCUGUGUUGCCUUGCAGCAAUAGCAUCCUUCACUUUGGCUAGAUGGAGCACACACCAAUGUACAUCACAAUGCGGUCUAGAAAUAGCAGUUAUUCGUGUGUGUGUGUAUGUUUUGUGUAUAUAUAUACACAUACAUACAUACAUACAUACAUACACACACACACAUACAUAUACGUAAGGUCUGUUUUCUUAUGGUUUUGUUUUUCCGUAGCUGCCUAGAGAAUGUUCUGCAUCACAGUCCAUAGCUUUCCCUAGUUUUGCUGUGGAUCUAAAUGCAGUGCCACUUACCCAGGUUCCAGUGAUUUUGAGGGCUGCCCCUCCAACGUGGAGCCCACUUUCUCCCACCCGGCACUUUGAGGACCCCAAAUGCCGGCUGGCCGGUCAGUUGGUCAGUUUCGCACCUCUGAAAGGGCUACAUAGUUUUCUUAGCUUUGGACUGUGCCUCCUGCUACUUUGCAGGUGACCCUGAGCUGCCCAGGUCUGCUCGGACCUCCUCAAAAGUCCCAAACAAGCCUAAGAAUUACAUUUGAAAUUCCUUCGAGCUAUUACGGGAUACGUUUUUUGAGAUCGGAAGUGGAGCUAGUGGAUUGCUAAAAAUCUCCAAAGCAAUUUCUUUUGGAGCGUGCUAUCUUUUUAAAAAUAAUAAUAAUAAUAAUAAUAAUUAACCCAGCUGGAUUUUUUCAGAGGUCCAGCAGACUUGCACUGAACUCCUGCUUCUCGGAAGCCUCCUUUCUGUGCUUGGAAGCGGGCUUUGCGUCCAAGCGGAAAACCCUUCAGAGAGCAAACUCCCAAUUGGCAAACUUUGAAGGGGUCGAGUAGCUGCACUUUGAGGCACUUGGUCCCGACCUGUUUCCUCCCUGAAACUCUUUGAGUUGCUUCUCUCUUUGUACAAAACCGUCUCACAAAUUCAACUCCAUGUUGCCACCUUGACAUUUUGAAAUUUUGGUGGGAUAAAUCUGAAUGGCGAGAUUUGUGUUGUUGGCUUAGAAGUACCAAGUCUUAAGGAUUCAACCUAAUGUGUGUGCGGUUGUUUUUAUACUAUGAAUUGUUGUGCCUUUUAUGAGUUAAUUUCAUUUGGGCGCAACCCGCUUUGGAUUUCGCAGGGUCCCUUCUGUUCUCCCUCCCUCCCUCCCUUCCUUCCUUCCCAGAUACUAAAGGAAGGCAUUUCCGCAGAGUUUGGGCAGGAGAGAUUCCUAGCGGGUUGUUCCCAAUCCUUUCCCUUUUAAGUUUUUGAACAAUGCUGUGGGAUUGGGUUUGAUUUGUGAACCUGCUGUUGAUCUUUGCACUGUCUGGACGCGGUCCUUUCGGAGUUGUGGUGGUUCAGGAAAACGUUGAAUUUGGCAAACGACCCUAAAGAGGGAGGGAUGCAUUUCGGAACCACCUGGACCAGCGAUUCCCACACUUUGGUCCUUUGGCCGGUUGGACUUCAGCUCCCAGAAGCCAACAGGCGUGUUCUGGAUUUGGCAGUCGCUGAAUUGACCGAGGGAAACAAAGGAUUGUGUGGCUGCGGCUCCAGACCGCACCAACCUGCCCCGUCUCGUGCUUUAUUCCACGAUCUGGAACCCCAAACGCGACCCCAUGAUCAGGAACCGGGUCCCCCGGCAAACAUGGGAACCGGGCCGUAGAGGCACGAACCUUCUGAUCCGGCCAGCCUUUUCUCUCGAAUUCACUGAUCCACCAGCAUUAUUCUUAAUAAGCUGCAGGAAACUUUAAAAGAUUUUUGUAGAUUGUUGGAAGGGAGCUGCGGGUUGUUUCUUGUGCCUGUAUUUAUAAGCUGGACAUGUGUGUGUGUGUGUGUGCGUAUGCGUGUGCAUUUCCUGUGUACACAAGUCAUGGCGCGCUUUGUUGGGUGGAAAUCCCAAACCCGCUCGGAUGGACGGUGGGCGAGAGGCAGGCCGACGAGCCUUGACUUUGCCCUCCGGAGUUGAGCGCGCCCCGUUCCCUUUUGAUAAAAGCCAAGCUUUCGAGGCACUGGUUUUGUCGCAUCUUGUGGACCUUUUUAAUUUUCCCAGGGUUGGUGCAAAUACCUCGUCCUUCUUUUAUUUCCCCCAGAUUCAGUUUCAAAAGCACUUAAUGCGAGGCGCUGCCAAGGCUUCCAGGGCCUGCCUGCCUGCCUCCCUCCCUCCCUCCCUUCUUUUCUCCUUUCCUUCCUCUCUCUCUUCUUUUCUCCCUUCCUUUUCUUCCUCCCUUACUUCCUCUUUUCUUUUAUCCCUCCCUCCCUCCCUCCGCUGCCAACUGCCAUUUUAGCACUUUGUCCUCCAAAGGGCCGCCCUGGCUUCCUUGCUCCCUGCUUUCAAUCUGUUGUGUUUUCCACUGAAAUCUCUGCAAAAACAAACAGCCAGAAGGAAUUCUGGAAAGCCCUGCGUCCUCUGGACGGACAGACGGACGGACGGAUGGGGGAAUGGGGUUUUUUGUAAGCGUUUGCUGCCUCAGUGGGACUAAGCGGAGGGGCCUGGUGUACAGUCUAGCAAUAUUUGGGACUCGGAGUCUCUUGUUCGCCCCCCUCCCUUCCUUUGGUAACCAAUUUCAGGUUUUGACACUUAACUGUACUGGUAUGAAUCCUGCUUUUUAAAAAUAUAUAUCGAUAUAUCUAGUUGUGCAUUUUCUCCCGAUGAAUUGUGCUGCUUCCUCUUCCUCCUCUUCUUCUUCCUGUGUUUGAUCUGAGGAAUCGCUUUGCUUUUUGUUUGAUGCCAGUCGGCGGCUGUUGGUUUUGGAGGGCAAAACUGUCCCACAGGAAGGGCCAGGCAAGCGAAAAUCUCUUCCUGUUUGUGUUGAAUGAAUAUUGUCUGGUUGAACAAUAUUUCUGAAAGCAAGUGCUUCCCUGGCUGCCGCCUCCUUCGUCUCCGCUUGGCUCUGCUUCAACGUUCCUUUCAAAAAAGUGUCCAAAGAUUUGACCCAUUUAGUGAACAAGCUUGGCCUUUUCUUCUUUAUCAUUUUCUUUUUGCUUAUCUAUUAUUAUUAUUAUUAUUAUUAUUAUUAUUAUUAUUAUUAUUUUGUAGUUGACCAAGGAACCUUGAUGAUAACAGGUGCUCUGAGCAACUCUCGCUGUUUCCGAACUUUUUCCAAGCUUCCUUUUUUGGAGUCUUCCGAAUUGAAAUGCAGCUGAAACAGUAGCAUCCAAUGGGGAGAAACAAGGAACAUUUUAAUUUCCAGGCAUUCAGUUCCAAAUGUAAACACCACAUCAUUUUAAGAAAGGAAAGGAAGAAUUCCUGUGUCAAGACCUACAAUGGUGCUUUUUAUUACAGUUAGCACAUGCAUUUUUAGAAACUACAUGUUUUAGAUGAUCUUGCUGUGUAUAUGUAUACUUCUGUAUUGUUCAACGGUUAGAAAAAUAAAUUAUUUCAUUAUUAAAAAGGG